AGGUGCUAGUGGCGGGAGGAGUAAAGAUGGCGGUGCUGUGGUCUCCGCCUUCUGCUCCCGGCUGAAGCGCUCUGAGGGAGGCAGCAGCGGCACCCCAAGCCGCACCAGCAAUCUAGUGGUGGUAGUUUCGGCAGCACCUGCCCAGGCCGGAGCCAUGGCGGAGCUGGAGCACCUGGGCGGGAAGCGGGCAGAGUCCGCGCGAAUGCGGCGGGCUGAGCAGCUGCGGCGCUGGCGGGGCUCGCUGACAGAGCAGGAGCCCGCGGAGCGACGAGGCGCGGGGCGGCAACCACAGACGAGGCGCGGGAGCCCCAGGGUCCGCUUCGAGGACGGCGCUGUCUUUCUGGCCGCCUGCUCUAGCGGGGACACGGACGAGGUGAAAAAGCUUCUGGCGAGAGGAGCGGACAUCAACACCGUCAACGUGGACGGCUUGACAGCCCUGCACCAGGCCUGUAUUGAUGAAAAUUUGGACAUGGUGAAGUUUCUGGUGGAGAAUAGAGCGAAUGUAAACCAGCAAGACAACGAGGGCUGGACACCCCUUCAUGCAGCAGCUUCCUGUGGCUAUCUCAAUAUAGCAGAGUAUUUCAUUAACCAUGGAGCCAGUGUGGGUAUGGUGAAUAGUGAAGGUGAGGUCCCUUCUGACCUUGCUGAAGAGCCAGCCAUGAAGGAUCUUCUUCUGGAGCAAGUAAAGAAGCAAGGAGUCGAUCUAGAGCAGUCAAGAAAAGAAGAGGAGCAGCAGAUGUUGCAGGAUGCCCGCCAGUGGCUCAACAGUGGGAAAAUAGAAGAUGUGAGGCAGGUCCGCUCCGGAGCCACAGCCCUCCAUGUGGCUGCUGCCAAGGGCUACUCCGAAGUCCUCAGGCUUUUAAUUCAGGCUGGCUACGAGCUCAACGUUCAGGAUCACGAUGGCUGGACUCCCCUCCACGCUGCAGCACACUGGGGAGUGAAGGAGGCUUGCUCCAUCCUGGCAGAAGCACUCUGUGACAUGGAUAUCCGAAACAAACUGGGCCAGACACCAUUUGAUGUGGCUGAUGAGGGUCUUGUGGAGCAUUUGGAGAUGCUCCAGAAGAAGCAGAAUGUGCUUCGAAGUGAAAAGGAGACACGAAAUAAACUCAUUGAGUCAGACCUGAACAGCAAGUUGCAGAGCAGACUCUUUAAGAACAAAGAGAAGAUGCUGUAUGAGGAAGAGACACCCAAGUCCCAAGAAAUGGAGGAAGAAAAUAAAGAAUCCAGCAGCUCUAGUUCAGAAGAAGAGGAAGGUGAAGAUGAAGCUUCUGAGUCAGAAACUGAGAAGGAGACAGAUAAAAAGCCAGAAGCUACUGUCAACCAUUCCAACUCUGAAAGCAAGAGUAGUGUCAUGGAGCAAAUACCAACACCAGCUCAGAAUACCUUCUCUGCCUCUUCUGCUAGGAGAUUCUCCUCCAGCCUUUUUAACAAGCCAGAAGAGGCCAAAGAUGAAUCUCCUUCUUCAUGGAGAUUGGGACUCAAAAAAACUGGCAGUCACAACAUGCUUAGUGAAGUGGCCAAUUCCAGAGAAGGUCUAAGGGAUCGAGGCUCUUCUAUCUACCGCUCCUCAUCGAGCCCUCGGAUCUCUGCUUUGCUGGACAACAAAGAUAAGGAAAGAGAAAACAAAAGCUACUUUAGUUCACUAGCACCCCGGAGGCUCAAUAGCACAAGUGACAUUGAAGAAAAGGAGAACAGAGAGUCAGCUGCUAAUCUAGUAAGAAGUGGCUCCUAUACUCGGCAGCUGUGGAGGGAUGAAGCAAAGGGAAAUGAAACCCCACAGACCAUUGCUCCUUCCACCUAUGUAUCAACUUACUUGAAAAGUGCUUCAUUUGGUAGAAGUAGUGACCCCACAAGUCCCUACAUUUCAGCCAAUCGCAAUUCAUCUCCUGCUACCUCACCCAUUACCAUUGGUUCAUCUACCUCUCAGGGCAGCCAGUGGCAACCUGCUGCCUCUUGCCCUGCACCAGUCAGUGCAAACACUACUGCAUCUGUACACCAUGGCAGGACUCCUUACAAAUCCCAGGCUGACUCUACAUCAGAGAAGACAGCAGACAGUGUCUCUUGUAGCACCCCGCUCUGUGUGAUCACCAAUCGCCCUCCACCUAGCACUGCCAAUGGGGUCACAGCUGCCACUGUGCUCUCCUCUACUGGAACAGACUCCUCUGUGGAAGCCAGGGAGAAGAGGAGGUCCUAUCUGACUCCUGUACGGGAUGAGGAAGCAGAGUCUUUACGGAAAGCACGUUCCAGACAAGCUCGGCAGACACGAAGGUCUACUCAAGGUGUUACCCUAACGGACCUUCAAGAAGCAGAAAGGACUUUCAGCCGGUCCAGAGCAGAGAGACAGGCUAGUGAGAAACCUGCAGACACUGAAGGACUGGAGGGAAGCACUGAGAAGCAGGAGCCCUCGACUGUCCCAGCAAAGGAAGCUGGGGAGUACCAGCAACCCUGGGGCAGGAGUCGGGAUGAAGAGCCUGUCUAUCGUCGCCUGAGGUGUUCAGCUCAGCUGGACAAACCCACAACACCAGUGUCUCCUUCUGCAUCAAGACCUUCACUCUAUACCAGUUCCCAUCAACUGCAGACAAGUAGAUCUUCCAUCCCUGAUUCUGAGAGUUCAGAGAUUACCACAAAUACUACAACUGCAAAGGAAAUGGAGAAAAAUGAGAGUGAAGAAGCAGAUUUGGAUGAUCAGUCCUCUAACAAGCUGUCCAUUCGAGAGAGGAGGCGGCCCAAGGAACGACGAAGAGGCACAGGCAUCAACUUCUGGACAAAAGAUGAGGACGAAACUGAUGUCUCUGAAGAGGUCAAGGAAACAUGGCAUGAAAGACUUUCUAGGUUGGAAUCAGGAGGUGGUAACGCUACAACCAGUGAUUCUUACAGUGACCGAGCCUCAGCAAGAGCCCGUAGGGAAGCCCGGGAGGCCCGUCUAGCCAGCCUGACCAGCCGUGUGGAAGAGGACAGCAACAGGGAUUACAAAAAACUCUACGAGAGUGCCCUGACUGAAAACCAAAAACUGAAAACCAAACUCCAGGAGGCCCAGCUAGAACUAGCAGAUAUAAAGUCCAAGCUUGAGAAGAUGGCCCAGCAGAAACAAGAAAAGACCUCUGACCGAUCAUCAAUGCUAGAAAUGGAGAAACGGGAGAGACGAGCCUUGGAGCGGAAAAUGUCAGAAAUGGAAGAAGAGAUGAAGAAUCUCCACCAGCUAAAACAGAUUCAAACCUUGAAGCAGAUGAACGAGCAACUGCAGGCUGAGAACAGGGCCCUGACCCGAGUGGUGGCCAGACUCUCGGAGUCCAUCGAGUCCUCGGACACCCAGCAGCUCUAGUUCUUGCCCUUCCUCUCCACCUCACUUCCCUCCUCUACUGCUCCAGGUGUUAACAGAACUGAAGUCUGACAACCAGAGGCUGAAAGAUGAAAAUGGUGCCCUCAUCAGAGUGAUCAGCAAACUGUCCAAAUAGACUAGGCUCCAGGUGUGGGUGGGCAUGUGCUGCCCGCCCCUCAUUUCCAGCCAUUGCCUUUCAGCCAAAAAAAGUGAAAGUUUUGAUGGAAGGACACUCCUCUCUGACCCUCUUCAGUCACAUCCUGUGCACUGUACAUUUUCCUGCACUCUCAUUGCCCUGUUCCUCCCACCCCCUCACCCUAAGCUUUAUGACAGUUUUAACUGAAGCAUGAUUGUGAUCACUGGAGCCAUCUGGAGAAGGCCCCAUGGAGCACACCAAGCUCAGCUGUGGACCCCAGCUUCCUGCUGCUUUCCUACUUUGUCCACAUUGGAUUUGGUCCAAACCUGUAAGGCAUGCCAGCCUUUAUGCUGACCCAGUAUCCUCUGAUGUAGGUGAGUCUUGUGGUGGCAACUUCAGGUUCCUGUCUGGGGUGCCAAGAGAAAUGGCGGCAUGUGGAAUUAAUCAUCAGAGUCCAAGAGGACAGCAACUGCACUUCGGCUUUCUGUUCUUUACCUCUCAGGAACUGACUUAUAUUUUUUCCUCAGCAACCCAGGGCUAUCCCUGACUCAUCUUAACCCCUGCUCCUCCCUCCUGCCUAACCUUUCUCCAAGGCACUGCUGGCCCUGGCCUCGCUCAUUCCUUUACUUUCUAUCCUUUCAUUCUUUCUCUCUCCCCACACCUUUGCUAAGAGCACCUGACCUUGGUUUUCUUUGACUGCUGUGGAAGAUCAUUACUCUGGAGACUAAAGACUAAAACAUCAUCACUGUGGUGUGUUGGGGCGGCUCCAUGAGCCCUGUCCAUAAAAAGGGAGACUCAGCAUUCCUGUCAGCCUGCUAUUCACAUCUCCCAUUUAUCUUCCCCCUGAAAAAUGAAAAAUGGUUUUUCUUAUUAGAAAAUCUGGGCUCCUUUUUAGAAAAUGGAUCUUAUUAGAAAAUCUUACUCCUUAUCAGAAAAGUGGAUACCCCAUUCUGCCUCAUCUUCCUUUGACCUCACCUUCCUCUCUUCACUCUGGUACCUGGCAAAUGACAUGUGAAGUCAUUGCAAGGAGGCCUACAAGGUGGAGAGGGCAGGUUAUUGGGAGCCGGACAGGGAGUGGACGUUGGAAUACACAUGUGGUGAAAGGAGUAUCUGAGGACACUUGAAACAUCAUGACAAAGACGACAGCGUUCCACUGUGCUGCGGGAAUGGUGGUGGGUUUGAUUGUUUUUGGUGGUUAGAUUGAGGGAAGAGACCUUUGCUUUCUUAGAAGCUAACAGGAGAGAUGGCUGUUUGAUGAGGUUUAAAGGGAAGAGGUCCUUUCAAUGUAUGAUGAGGGUCAUGGAAUUUAGAAUGGCAAGGCCCAGAGGUCAUUUGGUCCAGCUUUCCAUUUUUGUGUCACAGGGACCCCUGCUACCACAGCUUUGACCACAGUCAGAUAGCCUCUGGUGGCUGUGCAUUUACAACUAGCAGGUUGAGCAACUCUAAUAACCAGAGUUUCUCCUGAGACCAGCUGAGGUCUGCAUGUGGAUCCUCUGUAGGCCACAUCUACCCUUUGCUGCUCCUUGUAGUGACGGUACUUAAGAUCCGUGUGGUUGGUGGGCCUCCCUUCCGCGCACACGGCCCUAUUCUUUUCAGGCACUCUUCAUAUGGCGUGCUUUUCAUACCUGCCAUCUUGGCCAUCCUUCUCAAGACAAAACAACCUUUUAAAAUGUUGUGCCCAGACCUUCACAGAGUACUCCAUAACCCCAGUGCAGAGUUCAACCAUUAGUUCUCCGUGAUGACCCAACAUUAAGGCAUAUAGUAUUCGCUUUUUGGAGUUUUAUCCCUUGGUUCACUUUGAGUGUGCAGGUCAUUUAAAGCCUCAUUUUAGGCUUGCCAGUGAUGCUCAGUGCUAAAAGUGGUCUCUUCUUAACAUGUACUACCUCUGUCUGUUAGUUUUUUUCUGAAAAUGGCAAUGGUGUUCUCCAUCCUCCCCUGACAAUGCUCUUUACACAGAAUCUAUAAUUCAGUUCCAGAAUGGGGGCCAUGCCUUCUCUGGCAGAACCCCACUUUUAGAGUAUAUAAGGUUCUCUCUUCUGUUUCUGCCCUUUUUUAUUUACACCCCCACCCCAGGAGAAAGCUGCUCUGCUCCUGUCUUGGAACUUUAUAUUAUAAUGGUGGCAUUGUAAGCUCAAUUCUCAGGGACCUGCUGGGUUGGAGUGAGAAGUUCCAUAUCUUCCACUAUAAGCAUUCCCUUCGUUCUGGGGAGAGAAAAUCAACACGGUAUUGGCUAAUUGAUUCUCCUGGUGCAUCUUAGAUAUGGAGGAAGUGGAGUUUGCUGCCUCUUUCUCAAGAAAAGAAAAUUGGAUCAUUAAGAAACAUUUUGACUCUCCUCAAGUCCAUAGACCAGGUAAAGGAGUUGGAGAGCUCCCCCAGGUCCCUUUGUGCCUUUCAAAGCAUUGGAGGCAGGUUCUCUUAGAUCGGUGACUCAUCCCUGCUGCUCUAUGACAGCCUCUUGUGCCAGAGACGCCUCUUUUUGCCAGGAGGUUUUCCUUGUGACAAAGCUUUUCAAUCUCAGGAAUACUGGAUUCUAUGGCCAAGAACUCAGAAAGUGUAAACCAUCCUAGUUUGCACUAAGGUACAAUUUCCUGAAGUCGCAAUGUCAGGCAUUUGCUCUUAUGCCAUUAAUUUUAUUAGAUAACAUUCUGAAUUCUGGUCUCUUCUAGAGAAUAAACACCAUUUCUUCACAACUGUAUUGAUUGGAAACCAUAUCAGGCGGUGGGUACAGGCCUUCUAGUAGCCAGCUACUCUCUCUUGUGCUGUUGGCAAGUUAUCUACUGUUGAUCUCCUUAGUCACCACCACCCUCCCCGCCCUUACUUGCUGGUUUGGGAACUCCUGAGCACCCCCAGCAGCUCAAGCUGAGUGAAUAGCAGCAGGCUGGCCAGCAACAUGAGGCUCAGCUCUGUCACUUUAGUCUUAAUAGGAAGUGUCAGAAGGGGAAAAAGAAUGUUCUCAGUCCAGCUUCACACCCUCUGUUCCCACUGACUUGAUAUUUUUCAAUAACCGAGCCACACCUUUGGGAGUAAUGAUUGAGGAUUCCAGAGAUUCUCUGGCUGGUGUUUGCCUGUUUGUCUUUCAGGGGCUGCUGAUCUUUUCACAUAAGCCAGUCCUUUUCAAUAGCCCCAGGUGUGAUGAUCCCUAGCCCCAUCCAGUCUCCAAUGUAAGGCCGUGCCUAUCUCAGGGUGCAGCUGCUGAAGAAUCUGAACAACAGACACAUCCCAGGCCUCCUCAGAACACUCCAUUCUCCUCUGGGCCAAUCUCAUUGGCUAUCUCCUAGAGAAUCCCUUGCUCUCUAUCCAGCUGCAGGAUACUUGUGUUUCUUUUCUGGGCUUUUCCAUGUUUAAGGAGAUCUAGAUGCAUUUGAUGGACUGGUGGGUUUCAUAUCUUUGUUUGGAACGUUUCAUCUCUUCUCCCACCCCAAACAAGGCAUAUGCUUAUUUAACAGUUCUACCAAGAAGCAAGGAAGCGAAAAUUCCACUUAAUAGCUGUGGAUCCCACACAAGAAUGUGUGAACUACUAGCUGAUUCUCCACUAGGAGCGUUUAACUGAACCAGAAAUGAGGAAGAAGAAAUUCUCAGAAAUUCUCUAGCACUCUGCUAGGCCUCUGGAUGUCUGGCAACUUUGCAGCCUCUCUUGGCCAAAGAAAGACGCCACCUCCUCUCAAAGAAAGGCCAGUUGUUUCUGGCCAGGCCACUCCGCAGAAGGUUCUGACAGUGUUGGGGCUCUUUAGGAGAUGGGCCUGGGGUGAGCACAUGGCUGGGUAAGAGAGGACUGUUCAAGUGUCCUCUCUUUGUUGUUCUGCUUCCAGCUGCUUCACACCUUCAAGGGAGGCCUGAAGGGUUCAGCAGCCAGGCCCAUAGGAAGGGGGAGUUCCUGUCUGCCCCAGCAGGCGAGCCACUACUGCCACCACAGCUUUAACAGUGAGGUGUCACCAGGAGUCCAGUGUCCUUCCCUUCUAGAUACCACCAGGGCCACUGAACCUCACCGCUAUGCCCACACUGCACUUACCUUAGCACACGUUGUCUGCCAGAGGUGGCCCCUGCCCAAAUCUAAGCCCAGAGUUCAGUCACCAUUCUGAUUUUUAAGGCAAGUUCAGACCCCUCAAACAUGUGGGUUCCUCUAACCCAAUAAAUGAGGCAACUUUGAGGGAAGAAUAAGGCAGGGGAAAGGACAAGCCCUCUGAAGUCUGAAUAUCUGGGUUCAGGGCUGUCUCUUCUGUUAGCCUGUGACCUUGGGCAAGAUUGUCUUUAAAUUCCCUUUAGGCUUAAAAUUCUGUGAUUCAUUCAUUCUUAGGAAAAUCAGAGAAUUUCUCAUACUUGGGAUUUCUGCUUCAAAAAUUCCUUCUUUUAACUUCAAAAAUUCAGGAGCAAAAAUUCUUGUUUUCUCCCAGUUCAGACUGUUUAACAUCAGCAUGUCAAGGUUGACUUCUCCUCCUUGCUGGAAAGUGAGUUUGAUAUUAAGGAUAAUUGAAUGGUGUUGCAAUUGCUUUCCCUCGUAAUGGUUUGGUAAGAAUAUUAAAACCUGCAGAGGUGGAAAUUGGAGCUGCUAGGGAAAUGGAUAGAAAGCAAUUUGUUGUAAGCAGCCUUCAGACAAAUUGUUUCAAUAGGAAAUAGAGCUGCUGCUUCCCAGGUCCUCAGCCACCUUCCCUCAGCCUCCUCAGAUGUGGCCCACUCUGCAUCUUCCCUGAGACAGACGAAUUGAUAGCAUGCUGCUUAGCACCCGCUGGUCCCAUCUUGAACUCUGCCUUACAACAGCAAAGGAAUUUUCCUCAGUGAAAACCUCAACCUUUAGUUCCAUUGAGUCUUCCUCUGAAUUCUGGGCUCUCAAAAGUAGGAGGUUCUGGUUCCUUUAAAGGGCUUUCCUUUAAAGCAGGUCUGCAAAAGACACCACCAAAGUCAGAAGAGUUUACAGACUCUGCUGCUUUGCACAGAGCAGCACUAGGCUCUCGCAAGACUCCGGUGGGUUUGGUGUGAGCGCAAAGGGCAGAAACCUUGGAAGGGGAAGUGGCCCGAGGCAGCAGUGGAAAAGAGGCAAAUAGUCAGGGGCCUUGAACGUGGAGCAGAGUGGAGGUUGCAAGCACUGGAAGGAGGGAGCAGCGCUACAGCGUGGAAAUGAGCUGUCGGGCUGGUGACUUUAUCCUCAGCCUCCAGCUGAGCUGAGAUUCUAAUCAGCUUCUCUAAUGGAUAUUGACACUGCUCAGGAGGAGACCCUAUCAGGGACAGCUAUUGAUCGCUGUGUUCUGAUUAGAUUGGAAAAAUAGAUCAACUUCACUACAGCCCAGGAAGUCAUUGUCACAGCUGCCAAGGAAUGAGGCAGUCUCUGAGGUCUGAGGAAAAAGCAGCGGGGUCUUUUGACCGGCCACUGCAUAGUGAAAGGAUGAGAGUGGAACUGAGGAAUGGCUUAACCCCAUCUCUGGAAGCCUGUGGCACUCCUGGGGAAGAGGCGGGUGUGUCUAAAGACCACAGCACUGAGGCGUGCUCUGCCUGGCCUUACUUAAAAAGGAUUGACAAUCUGAGGAUCCUCUUCUAUUCUGAGUGUACAUGCUGGCUCGGAGCUUCCCAAUGAGGUCUCGCGUGUUCUAGAUUAGAAAUGAGAACUCAGAAACCAAUUUUAUUCAAGUGUAUCAUUCUGUCAAUUCAUAUUUGUUGCCUUUUCCCCUCCCUUACAGUCCCCCAAAGAACUUUUCUCUCAUCUACUUAUCAUUUUGGACUUUGAAUCUGCCUGCAUGAUAUUUUGUUAUUUCUCCUCCAAAUUUUCCCCUAAUGCUGCCAAUAAAAUUUUAUGCGGGUGGCCUUUAAGUUGACAUCAGGAUGCUCUUAUGUCUUCCAGUAAACAACUUCACCUUCCUUUCCCUCUCCUCUUCCUCCGUGUUCUUUGUUCUUUGCUUUUCUCACAUGGACCUGAUGGUGCUUAAGAAAAAGAUGGUGUUCCCUGAAUCAGCCAGGAUUCCUGGAGUUUCAUAUACCAGUAGCCACCUCCACCACCUGCCUCUUCCAGUUUCACAGCUCCCCAGCUGUGCUAAUAGCCCCUUGGAGGUGAGCUUGGACUUGUCACCCAAGGACACCAGGUAGCACAUCUGAUUUAUUCAGUCUUUGUCCUGAGAGAUCUGACUGGUUCCAGCUUAAGGCAGAAGCGUGUCUUCUGUGCACAGCCUGGAUGAGCCUGGCAGUGCUUCUGGCGGCAGCAGCGCAGCCCGUUUCUGCCUGCAGGAGAGAGGAUUCAGAAAAGGCAUGCAACUGUGGCAACCUCGAGAGAGCUUCAAUGCGGUCCCCGGACAGAACACAGACCUGAACAAGGGACUUGCAAGGGCCAGCACCAGCUCGACUCUUCACUGAAGUACUCACCCAAAUACACUGUCCUCUCUCCCAAGACCAACAGAUUCCAACUUGUCCUCUCGCACGGAGGGGCCGGGUAAAGAAAAGGGAAAAGGACGCUGGGCAGCACGCUGCAGGGCUACUGGAGGGUUCUGGGAGACGCAGCCAUCCCCAGCACACCCUGUUCUAGCCAGCAUCCCUGGAACUCUCGAGAGGCUGGGCCAUCACCCAGCUGGUUCCUGAAGGAGGCGGGGACUUCCCCAGAGGGAAGGAGCAGGCUUCACCUUGCCUCCCUCUUCCGGGAGAGAUGCGGCCUCUUCCCAAUUGAGUGGUUCAGACUCAGGCUUUGACUUUAUGAUUUUCUUCCCUUCCUUCUUGCCUCUGCCCUGACCUUGACCAGACAGGUGAAGAGAGCUCAUAAGAACCAACCUGGUGUCUCCACACCAGUCCCACCUUAGUAACAGCACUGUGUGUCUUUAUUCUUUCCACCCUUCAUUCCGCACCUUACUUCCACCACCAGAUGUAAACUGCUCUUCAGCUGAGUUGUAUGGAUUAACUUCAGUCUGUUGUAAAUACACCUGGGGAGGGGGCCAUUUCGGGAGGGGAAGCCAGACUUGCUUUGUGAACUGAAUGUAUUUUUAUGCAAUUUUGAGUGGCCUUUCAACCCUGAGAUGGAUGAUUUUGUUUUACUGGUUGUUAUUAUAUAGCAUUAAGUAUUCUGUGUUUGAAAGUUUGGUAAUAAUAAUAUUCACAUCUAUAUGAUGCCUGUAAACACAACAGUAUUUAUAAAUGAGUAAAUAAAACUGUGUUUUAACUUUG